CAACAACAGCAGCAACAACACAAGGCUCAAAUACAACAGAGACUGCAGCAGAUGCAGCAACAACAACAACAACAACAGCAAACACAACAGAUACAGCAGCAGCAGCAACAGACACAACAGCAUCAACAGAAAGCCAAAGAGAUGAUACACGCCUCGAACAAGAGUCCGGCAGCGCCUCCUGAGAAGUCAGAAGAUCGCCCCAUCGGCUAUGGAGCCUUCGGUGUUGUUUGGUACUGAGCGCUCUGGACAUCUUACAACCUCCUUCGCUCGACAGCUUCCAAGAGAUCUACGUUAUGACGGAGCUCAUGGAGUCUGAUCUGCACAAAAUCAUCGUGUCGCCUCAGAAUCUAUCAUCAGACCACAUCAAGAUCUUCCUCUACCAGAUACUAAGAGGUCUCAAGUACCUUCACUCUGCCAGGAUCAUCCAUCGCGACAUCAAGCCUGGCAACCUCCUGGUGAACUCCAACUGCAUCCUCAAGAUCUGCGACUUCGGGCUGGCGCGGGUGCUGGAGGAGGAGGGUGGCCGGGAGAUGACCCAGGAGGUGGUGACGCAGUACUACCGCGGCCCUGAGCUGCUGAUGGGGGCCAAGUACUACACGCAGGCCGUCGACGUCUGGUCCGUGGGAUGUAUCUUCGGCGAGCUGCUGGGGCGCCGUAUACUCUUCCAGGCGCCUACACCUAUACAGCAGCUGGACAGGAUCACAGAGCUGCUGGGCACCCCAGACCCCCACGAGGCCCGUCACGGUGCAGAGGGCGCGCGUAGUCACGUGCUGCGGCGCCCCCGCAAGCCCCCCGCCAUCAACUCCCUCUACGCCCUCGGCGCCAAUGCCACACACGAGGCCGUACAUCUCCUGCAGGCCAUGCUCGCCUUUGAUUAUAUCCGGUCUCUGAGCGAGGUGAAGGAGCGCAUGCACAAGUUCAUCAGCAAGCAGAUGAGCAGAGACCGUCUGCCUGUCUGCAUCAACCCUCAGUCUGCUGCAUACAAGAGCUUCUCCAGCUCGACAGUCGCGCACCCCUCCGAGCUUCCCCCGUCACCCCACAACUGGGAUUGACGCCAACACAAAAAAUAGGAAAAUUAGGCCGAAAUUUUCAGCUUAUUAGUUCUCUUGAUCCAAAAUAUGGCCUCCUGAUGCCUGUAGUUUAACAAACCUAAUCCUCUAGCCUACAAAAUACGCCAGGCUAUUAGCUAACCGAGACCUAUGCAUAAUUCGGUGGUCUACUUAGACCAUUUAUUUAAAAGCCUAGCAAGAGUUCAGCCCCGUAGUGCUCCGUUUGACCUAAGGCGCUUGAAGAUAACGUAAGGUUCAACCGAAAGAAUAUCUUAAGGCAAUAAUAAUUACUUAAAUUUGCCUAUAAUAAUAAUAUCUUCAAUUUAAUCGCACUUUAGCUACAGUUGCUUAAUGUGCUGCAAUGCUAUGCGUGUAGAGGGGCCGUGAUUUGGGCUGUAGGAACGUAAUUUAUAGUUUCAUUCAAUCGUGCAUCCAUUAAUUUGUGCAUGGAAGACGUGCAGUUAAUGCGAUAAUUAUGUUAAUUACAAGAAAUUAGUGAUUAUUCUUGAUGCUCGUGUUGAAAUUAAUAACAAUUUAGCUCAUAAGAUUAAGAAGUGAAUGGAGAGCUUGACGCUUGCCAUUCUUGUUCUUGAUCAGCCUUUCGUCUGUAGCUGAUAUAAUUUUUCAAUACGGAAAUUUCUUAUGAAAUUGUCGUUUUUUAAUGUUAGACGUGUGAUCCUAGAUGCCAGGAAUUCUUAUAAAAUUUUGUAAUUCUCACUAUUUUCAAUUUUAGUUUGAAGCUGAGGUCCGCUUAGCGGCAGCUCGCUCGAACGUGGUUUUAGUUCUGGACUUAAUCAUUUGCGUGACUUUGAUCCCCGCAAUAGAAUAUACGAGACUCUGUCGCACUAUUUGUAAAUUAAUACGGUUAAAGUUUAAUCUUAAGUUAAUCAUGUUUAAGGUCCAAUCUUAUGUAGCCGUGCACUUUAAAAGCGUUGCAAUGUAACAACGGAUGCCUCAGGCCGACGCUACGCACGGUAACGUCAAGCUUACAGGUUAAUACUGCCAAUCAAUUUUUUUAGGCACAAGUACAUCGAACAAGUUUCUAGAAUUAGGCUUCCUUUGUAUAAUUCUCUCUAAUAUUUUUAUUGCAUAAUUUUUUUGCAAUCAUGUGACCGGAUUUGGUGACAGCGUUUUUUUUCAGACCUCAACAUUAUUGUGGAUGGGAACAAGAAUUUGCAUUUCUGACGCUCAAAAGUGAAUGAAAAUUGUUCACUGAAAUAUAAAUCAUCAAUUACGAUUUAAACGUCGUAUUUAAAUUCUAGACGUUACAUUUAAAGCCCCUAAAAGGUCAAUCUAUCUGAGUGUAAGGGGUAUUACUUUAGAGAAAGCGUGUACACAUCUGCAAUAAAUUUAACGUCUGUAAUUUGAUAAGGUCAUACAAAAUCGUUGCAGUUAAUGCGGAGAUUUUCUCCGUUCUUGCAAUAUGUUACUUUCAAGAGUUACAUGGGUUGUGCUUGAAUUUACUGGCGUAUUGGUACGCCUUUCAUGUGUUACACUUCUUGGUAAGAAAAAAUGUUAACGGGUUAAGAACAUUGAAAAACUAAUGCCUCUAGUAAUAUUAGGUACGAAGUGAACUAAUCUUGUCCGCAGUAAUGUGCAUCAUUUAGUUAAGUUUAGUUGCAACCUAACACAGAUACUCGUUUUCGAAUAUCGACUAGUUCUUAAGAUUUGAUAUGUAAGUAUGAUCAGCUAACGCGUUCACGCCAACAACUCUCUCUAAGCGCUCUCAUUCAUCGCAAUGAAUCGCUGGUGCGAUUAAUUUUUUCAAUUUUGAGUAUAAAAUGCCAUUUUGACACACUCGCUUGUGGUGCUAACCGGGUUUUUUUUACGUACACAUUGCACUGAAUUUGUAGAAUUUAAUUUUCGUGUUCGAUUCAGCUUAGAUAGUUGAGGCAGCAACUAUCUAAGAAAAUGUCUUUUUAUUAUUUUAUUAUUAUUAUUAUUAUUAUACUUUUUUAUGAUUCGUCGCACCUCAAACAAAAAUUUGAAACUAAUUUUAAUGGAUUCCGAUCAACUUUCAGUAUUAGACAUUAAGUGGUUACUUUAUUCGCUAACGCUCGUUAUUCAUUUACACAUUUCGGAAAUGUUUAACUUGCUUAAUGAUUUACGCAUAAGCCUUACUUCGAUUGCCCUGUUUGACGAUGGUUGUGUUUUACUGGAAUUUGAAUGCUGCAAAUUGGUACUUAUUUCAUUCAUAUGCUUCUGGUGGCAAUUAAAAAUACAGUAAUUGUUUG